AUGUCUGGUACUUUUCAUGACCACGCGAUCAUUACUGAGAUUGAGGAUCGGUUUGACCAGCUAGAGGCCACGGUUGGCAGCGUCGACGAGAGAGUGGAAAGCUUGGAGGAGAUUGUAAAGGCCCUCCGGGCAGCCCUGAAGGGGCAACUCGACGCAUCCUUGCCAAGCAAGGUUGUGAAGAUAGACGUGGACGACAGCAACCGAAACCUGGGGCCCAAGUGGACCGAGAAUACAGGAGCAUCACCUGUUCAGCCGCCCGGAGAUGGUGACAACGCCUCUGACGGCGGGGGAGAGGUUCUCGUUGGCGAAGGUGCAGAGGGCAACGCGCCGGAAGCCGAGGGCAACAUUCGGGCAAGCGUGCGGGGCCAUCAAGGCAGGAAGUCGAUUUCCGCACCGAAGGUUGUGCGAAUCACCGAGGACAUCCUUGAUACUCAGACCAAGGAGUACUACACCUUUGGCGAGUCGACUUGGGAUCUCUUCAUGUUUAUUGGCACUGGAGCGCUGGGGCCUUUGGGUUCUUUUCAGACCUUCGUCCUGGCCAUUGUCAACGUCAUCAUGCAAGGCAUCUUCGUGGGGAUUGCAAUGUUCAACUUCACCAAACCAGAUAUCACGGAUGACACUAUCCACGAAACCAUUCAGUGGCGACGAUCCUCAGGACAUUCUUUGACAGAAUAUGACGAUGUCUCAAAGUCCUCUUUGGUGGCAAGGGUUUGCGCACUGGACAAGUCCCUUCCGACAUCCGGCAUCCAGAUGAAUAUGUACGAGAAUAUUGGGAAGUACAUCAAGCCCGACGCGGAGGGACUUGAAUCGUUCUUCACGGGUCAGGUCCUCUGCUUGGUCGCUCUCAUCUGCUGGUACUUGAUGGUCGCAAAAGAGGUGAGCCAUGCGCUUGCUCUGCACCGUGGCAUUGCUUCUGUUGAGAGGGGCCAAACGACCCUCACCACGCGGGAGAAUCCUUUCACGCAGGUGACGCACUACAAGCUGACGGCGGUUUCGCGACGGCGGAAGGUGAUCAGCGCGAUCUUGCUGCUUUACAGACUGCUUGCCGCCGGCCUGCUGAUCUACGUUGGAACCUUUUUCCUCGUUUACACCGUCAACGUCACCGAGCUGAUCUUGAAUGCUGUCGCGCUGGGGAUUAUCUUGGACAUCGAUGACUUAUUGUUUGACGCGCUCGCCACAACGCCUGGACGACAUUUGGUACACCAGCUCGAUGCUCUUCCAAUGCCUUCCUUUCCGAGAUGGCGAGGGGCUGAUGCGAAGUCGAUGACGAUGAGCUUUCUGAUCCCGGGAGGUACCAUCCUGAUUUACUUCACAAUGCUGGCACCCAUUGUCCAGACCCUCACAGAUGUGUCCACUGCCAUGUGCGGCGGAGCCCGGGAAUUUGUCUGGACACUGGACAAGCGUCGCAUUGUAUUGAUGGCGCCAACGGCAGGGGGCGGCUGGGAUAACCUUCCCGAGUCCAUCCAGUACCUGGCUGUGGACGAAGCCGAGGGACUACCACAUGAGGAUGCCAUUCCAAUAUUGAGCAACGCUACGAAGUACGGCGUCUGGGUGACGGAUGUGAGCAGACUCUCAGAGUCUUUGGUUCUAACUGUGGACCAGACAGUGGAUGCAUACAACCCGAACUGUGAAGACUUGGGCGACAAGGAGCCGAUUCUCAGUUACUUGCGGCAGAGCCUUGGAAAUCAAAGCAUCAUGAGCUGCCAAGAUGCGAAGCCUUACUGCAAUUCCAUCACCAAGAUGCCUGAGUGGUCCAUCGACGGUGGCAUGGGAUUCACGACCCGUAUGUUCUGUUCAGAGACAUGUGGCUGCCGAAAUCCAGGGGGCGACGUGAUAUCCAUUGAGGGCUGUCCCUACGGGCAAACGCGCCCAUGCUGGAGCACGAGCACUUUCAAGGACACCUUGGAGGAGGCUCUUUGCGUGGAGAAGACGCCAGAGCAGCUUCGAAACUUUACGCCCUGGAUCAGUUGGGUGAACACGAUUCAGGAGUUUAGCCAGCAAGAUGCAGACCUGGCCGGCAAAUCUGAGGCUGGUUUGCUAGCGCAGGCAAUGUGGGAUCACGGGUGUGAUUUCGGUGCAAAUCUAUCAGCGCAGACUCUUGGCAGGGGAGAGGUUCAUCCAAUUGCUAUCUUUUUUUCCGUUCAGUUGUGGCUAACUUCCGCCUCUCAGACCAAGACCAGGAUGUACAUAGGGCUGUCGAUGCUGGAGUGGAAUCGGGGGUGCGUGCAAGGAACGUGA